AUAUGUGUUUAUCUAAUACUUCUAUUACUCCUGAAUCCAUUACUACGUACUACAACAUAUGGUCGGCGGUCAUAGAUUCCCCCUUAAAAUAUCACAACCCAACCAAACAGUCCCUUAAUUCUCCUAUAAAUUCUGAAACCUUUACUUCCUUCUUGUUUUGAAAUUUCUUUAUAUUCAAAAAUACAUACAAGAAUAAGUAUCCUUUUUUUCAACCAAUUUAUAUUUCAGUCAAAACCCUUCAAAAUCAUAUUUGACCCUUAGUAUUCCUCGAAUUGCAGGGUAGACCGAGCGAAGGAGAGCUAUGUGAGAUGGGAAAGACGGUACUUGCUCUAAUUGGGACAAGACGACCUGAUUCUCUUUAUGUUGGAAGUUAGAAUGAAUCAACAUUGUGCUUGAAGAUAUCAAAUCCGAGGGCUUACCGACUCACUGCAUCACGAUUUCUACUCGCCGCAUUGUAGCUAAUGCUUUAGCAUGGACUCUCGGCAAAUUUUUGGAUACAAUGUUACUGGUGCCGACACAUCCUAUAUGUCUUCUCAGUAUUCUCCUGAAGUUCCGAACAGGAUAUUUGGACCUCUCAAGUUCAAUUUUAAAAAUUCUCCAAUCUCGCCGUUUUCAUCUCAUUUUGAUUGUGAAACCGCCACAACGUUGAGUGAUAGUCAAGAGCAUCACAGCUCAAGUGAGAGUCUCUCAGGAAAAAGCCCGUGUAAUUCGUCUCUUGAAACAAACAGUUACUAUCAGCGGUUCAACUCGAGCCCUUCCGACGAUUCCCAUCCGGGUAUUGUUCCACCGACUUCUUGUGGGACAUCGUAUGCUCAAAAUUCGGAUUAUGAAGCAAACAUGAAGCAUGCUUUGCAGGAGCUAGAAACUGUUCUUAUGGGUGAUGAAUUGGUUGGGGGAGAAAGCCGACAAAACCUAAUCUCGAGUCAGAGAUUGGGAUCGUCGAGCUGUAACCCACAUGGUUUACAUGGGUCUCAGUUUCAGUCGAUGACUGCUAUGGGGAAUAGUAAAUCAGAGGAUGGUAAUGGUCAUCAUAACGAGAAAUGUCAGAAGGUGGACAUGGAAGAGGAAAUUAACCCGGAGCCCAAAAAUUCAUCGAUUGAUUUAAAGAAGCUGCUGAUUGAAUGUGCAUGUGCGUUAUCCGAAAACAGAUUUGACGAUUUUGAGAAAUUAGUUGAACAAGCAAGGACAAGGGUUUCAAUUUCGGGCGAGCCAAUACAACGGCUUGGUGCAUAUAUAAUCGAAGGGCUUGUAGCAAGGAAAGAAUCUUCCGGAAAUAGCAUUUACCGGGCUCUUAGGUGCAAAGAGCCUCUCGGAAAAGAUUUGCUAUCGUACAUGCAUCUCUUGUAUGAAAUAUGCCCAUAUUUGAAGUUCGGUUACAUGGCUGCAAACGGAGCGAUAGCAGAAGCAUGCAGAAACGAGGAUCGUAUCCAUAUAAUAGAUUUUCAGAUUGCUCAAGGAACCCAAUGGUUGACUCUCUUGCAAGCCCUGGCUGCAAGACCGGGUGGGGCCCCUUAUGUUCGAAUAACGGGGAUUGAUGAUCCCGUUUCUCAGUAUGCUCGAGGUGCUAGCUUAGAAGCUGUUGGGAAACGAUUAGCUACUCUCUCUGAAAGGUACAAUAUACCUGUCGAGUUUCACGCAGUGCCGGUUUUUCUCCCCGAGGUGACAAAAGAAAUGCUCAAUGUGAGGCCGGGGGAAGCUUUAGCUGUAAAUUUCCCUUUACAACUCCACCACACCCCUGAUGAGAGUGUCGAUGUCAACAACCCGAGAGACGGCCUCUUGAGAAUGGUGAAGUCGCUUGGUCCUAGGGUAACGACUUUGGUAGAACAAGAGUCGAAUACCAAUACUACGCCUUUUCUAACGAGGUUCAUCGAAGCACUGAGUUACUACUCGGCAAUGUUCGAGUCUAUUGACGUGACGAUGCCUCGAGAUAAGAAAGAACGGAUCAGUGUCGAGCAGCACUGCUUGGCUAAGGACAUUGUGAAUAUCAUUGCUUGUGAAGGGAUAGAACGGGUGGAGCGACACGAGCUGCUCGGGAAAUGGAAAUCGAGAUUUACAAUGGCUGGGUUCCAGCAAUACCCUUUGAGCUCGUAUGUGAACUCCGUGAUUAGGGAAUUACUUCGGUAUUACUCGGAACACUAUACGUUGGUCGAGAAAGAUGGCGCUAUGCUUUUAGGAUGGAAAGACAGGAUGUUGAUAUCAGCUUCUGCUUGGCAUUGAUCAUACUGAUAGGAAGAAACAAAAAUCUGAAUAGGUUUUUCAAUUCAUUUAUUUCCUUGAAUGAAAUCUUUUCAUUUGAGCAAUGAAGGGCAAUUGCUUGGAACUUGUCACACUGUUCUAUGAGGAGAUUUUUUAUUUUGCAUUUAGUUUGUAAUGGUGGGUACAAUGUUGAAGACUAACAUAGCAGAAAAUAUGAAGUAUUACUAGUUUGUUGUACAACUUUUAGUUCUAAGUUAAAUACAGAUUUUUGUAUGAAACAGUAUCACCGUGAGAUGUGUCUUAUUUAACCUAUAUAUGAGACGCGCCUCGUAUAUGGGUUUAAUAGACUAAUAAUACAAAUUAUUAACA